CUAACCGUCACCGCGGCGCUCCCAGUCCUCAAUCCUUCUUCAAUCUUCAAUCGGUUGACCCUCGUUGCUGUGCUCGUGAAGUCGUGCUCUCCUCCGUCGUCGGUCAGUCGAGCUCCGACCCCCUCCUUCAUCUUCUCUGUGGCGCCCCAGCUCAGCUCGUGAAGUCUUGCUCUGCUCUCAAUCAUCGACUCGUCGCUCAGCUAUCCUUCAAACUUCCCACAAGUGCUCACCAUCGAUCGCUCGUGCUCAUUCUCGUCGUUCUCAUCCUGUCGUCUUCUUCGUGCUGAGAAUUUCAGCUCAUUGUCUUCAAGUGUUUUACUUGGGUCACUAGGUCUCUAUCGUCUCAAUCAUGGCUACUAGAAUUAUGUUUGAGAACUCUUGUGAAGUUGGAGUGUUCUCUAAACUUACCAAUGCCUAUUGUUUGGUUGCCAUUGGAGGUUCUGAAAACUUCUACAGUGUAUUUGAGUCUGAAUUAGCAGAUGUCAUCCCUGUGGUGAAGACCUCCAUUGCUGGUACUCGUAUUGUUGGCCGCCUUUGUGCUGGAAACAAGAAUGGCUUGCUCUUGCCACAUAAUACCACAGACCAAGAACUUCAACAUUUGAGAAACAGUCUACCAGAUCAAGUAGUUGUUCAGCGCGUAGAAGAAAGAUUAUCUGCUCUUGGAAAUUGUAUAGCAUGUAAUGACCAUGUGGCACUUGCGCACACUGAUCUGGACAGGGAAACUGAGGAGCUGAUUACUGACGUGCUGGGAGUAGAAGUUUUCAGGCAGACCAUUGCCGGAAAUAUUCUUGUUGGAAGUUACUGUGCCUUCUCCAACAGAGGUGGUUUGGUUCACCCUCACACUUCGAUCGAAGACUUGGAUGAACUCUCUACACUUCUUCAGGUUCCUUUGGUUGCUGGGACUGUGAAUCGUGGUAGCGAGGUCAUAGCUGCUGGCAUGACUGUUAAUGACUGGACUGCCUUCUGUGGAUCAGACACAACAGCCACAGAGCUCUCCGUUGUUGAGAGUGUUUUCAAGCUUAGGGAAGCUCAACCCAGUGCUAUUGUGGACGAGAUGAGGAGAUCGCUUAUUGAUAGCUACGUUUAAGUUGUGGUUUAAAUGUGUUCGAAUUGUUCUGGUAAAAAAAAAAAAAAAGGUAUGUUACCCCCGCUUUUCUUUUUAACUUUGGUGCCUGUUCGAUUAUGAUUUAAUGCAUCAAUCGAGAAUUUUUGUUUUAUUUAAAUUUUGGUUUCUUUGAUAGUACCAAAUCAUGGCAGGCAUCUUGAUUGUGGUUUCAUUUUGGAUCAAACAGUUUUAUAUUAAAUAUGGUUCUAUAUAU